CCAGUCACAGCAGUGGGCAGACUGGUCAUAGCUACUGGAGUCGUCGUGCAGUCAUGCGAUAUAGCUGUUUUUAAUUAAAUAUUUCUAUGUUAAAAUUGGUAAUAUACUACACUAAACGUAACCAGUAAUGUCCACGGAAGCAACCGCCGACCAGGCAGCUGAGUAUAUCCCAGAGAAGGUUAAGAAAGCAGAGAAGAAGUUGGAAGAAAACCCAUAUGACCUUGACGCAUGGAGCAUUCUGAUUCGAGAAGCACAGAACCAACCAAUAGACAAAGCAAGGAAGACGUAUGAACGACUUGUGGCCCAGUUCCCAAGCUCGGGCAGAUUCUGGAAACUAUUCAUUGAAGCGGAGGUUAAUAUUUUAUACAUUUCUCACAACUACAUGUGUGCAUGGGCGUACAUAUCCUAACAGRAUCAACAAUGUGACUUUCACACAACAAAUAGGUCCACUUCAUCUCAAUGGUAUUUUUUUUUUAAGUACGAGGGGUUUAGGUUACCAUCUAACCAUUUAUUUUUCAGGACGCAGACUGUAUGUUCCUCAGUAGGGAAAAAAACUAUUUUCUACAUCUUUAAAUGGGGUUAAGUGCAUUUGUUGCAUGUUUGAUCUGCAACAGCAUUAAAACKUUUUAAUGGUAUUGGAGUGCUUUAGCCUUUUA